AUGCCUGUCGUCAGCGAAGUGCGGCAUCCCCAGUCCCUGGACUUUGCGAACGAACGCAAAGCCCUCUUGCUGCGGGAUGUCCAUGGACUCACGUGGGCAGAGAUACAGAGACGGGUGGUGAACUUGCGUGGCAAGGCGCCCAGCGUGAGGCUACUGCAGCGGGCUCACUCGGACGUGAACCGGACUCUCGGCCAGAGGCAGUACAAGUACAGCAACUGUGGUCGGAAGGCCGUGAAAAGCACACCCAAGGUUCAGAAAUACCUUGUCCAACGCCUCCUCUACCUUCGCACGCGCAGCACGUGCACCUCCAGCACCCUUCGCCGUGCUAAGCUGCGUCAGAAACUCUGCCUGGCAAUGGAUGGCGUGGUCCUCUCGCUGCCCCCUCGUGAUGCGACUGACCGUGCCAACUAUUGUGCUCAUGGUGACACACACAUGUGGCGGCUCCCAAGCGAGGCGGCGUGCGUGGACCUGGCGGGGCACGACCCGUACCCAUUCCAGAUACCCGCAGACCGUAUCGUCCCAUUGUGGGGCGGCUUGUCGGAGGGCGGCUUUGCGAUCGUCACAUUUCACCAGAAGCGCAAACUCACGACUGAGGAGUGGUGUCGCACGGUGAGGAUCUGGCGCAUGCCUGCUUCUUCUCCCGACCUGAACCCGGUUGAGAAGAUGUGGGCCUGGCUUAGGCGCAAGAUCCGGGCCCUGGACUGCGAGGACCUCCGCAAAAAGCGCCCGCCCAUUGGAAAAACCGCUUUCAAGGCGCGAGUGCGGAACAUACUGGCAUCCAAGACGGCGCAGACCGUGGCCGCUCGCAUAGCUGUCGGCUUCCGCAAGACCUGCAAGGAA